AUGUCAAAUCAAAAAACCAAAUCUAUUAAUAUUAAUCUAUUUUCUAUUGCUGCUCAGUCAAAAAAUGAUUCAAAUAAUAAUAUUGAUGAUGAAUCUUCUAUUUCUGAAGAAAUAUUUAGGUCGCAUGUUAAUAUUAAUGACUAUCAGAUGAUUUGUGUUGCUCAAACACAAUCUCAAGUCACUUUACAAUCUAGCUUUGCUAUUCAAGCUGAAACUGAUCAAAUUAAAGUUAUAAGAAAUAUAUGCAAUGUAUAUUUUUUAAUUCAACAUAACUUGUCUACUAAUAUAUUUGAAAGUUUGUAUAAAUUGUCUAAAAUUCAAUGUGCUGAAGACCAAAACCAAUUUGAAUAUAGAACUGAGACUUUAAAUAUAUUUGAUAAUAACCAGUUUGCUGAUGAUGAUGAAUGA